CAAGAGCAGACGUACGCACGUGUUGGUUUAGGAGAGAAAUACAAAAUGCCCCCAAAAACGCCAUCUAAGGGUUCUAAGAAGAACAAUCCAUCAUGGGGUGAAUGUAAAAACUGUGGGAUUCUCGUGAGUGAUAAAGAUCAGGAAAAACAUUCCGUAAACUGUACAAAAACGGAGCAGUUGGACUUGAAGGCGCUAGGCCAUGGGUUCAUACGUGGUGCAACAUUGUAUGCCAUGGUGUGUCGCAGUGCAAUUGAAAAAGAUAAAGAACUCAAACUUCCAACAUCUCUUAAGGGAGACUUGGUACUACUUCACCCAAGCACAAUGAAACUUUGUAAUAUGUCCAUAGGGAAACCUGUGAUCUUGAACACAACGUGGAUGAUGACUGCUUGGCCCAGCACUGCCAUUGCAUUAUCAGGUGUAGGGCUAACAGAACAUCAGAGGGAUGCAUUGGGUGUAGGCAUUGAUAACACUGUCACUGUGGAUGCUUUUGUGGAUCCUCAUUUGGCAGCAACAGAAGCUGUUAUGGUGGCAGGAGAGUUCAAGGAUUUUAUGUCAAGUCAGGAUUUCAAAGAUUACUUAAAGCAAUAUCUAAACAAAAAAUACUUAUGCACUGGGAAUGAGCUAGUUGUGAAGUAUUAUGGACAACAGUGCAGAUUGCAAGUAUCACACGUGACGGGCCCAAGGCUGGAUUUACCUAAGACCCUACCCAGUGUAUCUGGUGCUAUGAGUGAUUAUGAUGAGGCUAACCUGGUUGUUGAUAUGUCUCAUCUAAGUUUUAGUGAACUCUCUGAAAACAAUGAAAAUGUCAAGCCGAAUGAUAGUUCUCUUAACCAGUCAUCUUUGAUGGAUAAUGAUGUAUCAAAGAAUUCAGACUUGAACUCAGAAUCUCUUCAGAGUGAAAGGUCUGGGGAAGGCAGCCUUCAGACAUCGACUCCUGUUAAAACAGUUUCAGAUCUUGACAAAAGUUCUAGCAGGAUGUUUCAAACUCCCCAGCGCCAACAACCUUGUAAUGGUCAGAGUAAUACAUUUUAUUUCAUAAACAAGUCAACAAACAUCACGGUAAUUUUCGAUGGAUAUUGUGAGGACAAGAAGCCUAGACAAAAAGACAGGAUUGGAUACAGCAGUAUAGGUGGACUGGUCAAGCAGCUGGACUCCAUAAAGGAAAUGGUUGAAUUGCCACUGAAGGAGCCAGAACUUUUCAAGGCAUUCGGUUUACGCCUUCCUAAGGGUGUGUUGUUAUAUGGUCCCAGUGGUACAGGAAAGACACUGCUGCUGAGAGCUGUGGCUAGUGAAACCAGUGCCCAUGUCAUCAUGCUGAGUGCUCCAGAAAUUUGGAGCAAAUUUUAUGGAGAGACAGAAGCACGUAUUAGAAAGAUUUUUCAAGAGGCCAUAGACAAAGCACCAAGUCUGGUGUUGAUAGAUGAACUGGAUGCCCUAUGUCCAAAGAGGGAAAGUAGUAACAGUGGCUUGGAGAGAAGGGUUGUAGCCUCCCUACUAACUCUAAUGGAUGGUAUAGAACAGCAGGGUUCCAGACUGGUAUUGGUGCUAGCAGCCACUAACAAACCUGACAGUAUUGACCCAGCUCUGAGGAGACCUGGCAGACUGGACAGAGAGAUUGAGAUAGGGAUCCCUACAGCUAGAGAUAGGGAGGAUAUACUCCAGAAAUUACUUUCAAAGGUGCACCAUUCACUAAGUGCAGACAAUAUAAAAACACUGGCUGACAGUGCUCAUGGUUUUGUAGGGGCUGAUUUAGCUAAUGCCUGUAAAGAAGGUGGGUUGCAUGCCUUAAAGAGCCAUAUAGCUAAGCAGGGAGGUGACAGUUCCGUCCCUGUACUUGUCACCAUGGAUGACAUGGUCUUUGGCUUAAAUUCUGUGAAGCCAAGUGCAAUGAGGGAAGUUGCAAUUGAUGUGCCAAAGGUGUAUUGGUCAGACAUAGGAGGGCAAAAUGUGUUGAAGGAGAAGCUGAAACAGGCAGUUGAAUGGCCACUUAAACAUCCAGAGGCUUUUGUUAGACUUGGGAUCAGACCCCCAAGGGGAAUCCUGAUGUAUGGGCCACCAGGCUGCUCUAAGACCAUGAUUGCUAAAGCUCUGGCAACAGAAAGUGGUCUCAAUUUCAUAGCCAUCAAGGGCCCAGAGCUGUUUAGUAAGUGGGUGGGAGAGUCAGAGAGAGCUGUCAGAGAGGUGUUCAGAAAGGCCAGGGCAGCAGCACCCUCCAUUGUAUUCUUUGAUGAGAUUGAUGCUCUGGCUGUUGAGAGGGGAAAAUCAAGUGGAGGAAGCAAUGUAGCUGAUCGGGUCUUAGCCCAACUGCUGACAGAAAUGGAUGGAGUGGAUAAACUCCAGGAUGUCACUAUUGUGGCUGCUACUAACAGACCUGAUAUGAUAGAUAAAGUAUGCUUAGUGGAUGAGAAACCAAUUAUUUAUUAUUAGUUAUUAUAAUGAUAUCAUUUUACAGUGUAUG